CCCUCGCACAGCCUGCUUCUUCUCUCUGCCGGCUCUCUUUCCUCCCAUUCUCUAUUUCCCUCCCCGGCAGGGUGUAAUUGAGCGAAGGCAGGAUCAGGUUCCCCGCCUUCCCGUCCAAAAAUCCCGCCAAGGAAGCCCCAGAGCACAAGAAAAUCCAAAGUGGAGAGAGGGGAAGAAAGAAAGCACUGAGUCAUCCAUCCAGAAGGGGGGAGAGCGCAGCCGCCCAGGCAGGAGCAGCAGCCAGCGAUACCUGGAGUCCGCUGCAGAAACCUCGCCCCGCACUUUGCAACAAAGGCAGCCUGCUAGUCAGCGAGGACAUCUGCAAGCCAAAAAAUGUCGUCCCAGCAAUACCAGCAGCAACGUCGAAAAUUUGCAGCUGCCUUCCUGGCAUUGAUUUUCAUCUUGGCAGCUGUGGAUACUGCUGAGGCCGGGAAGAAAGAGAAACCUGAAAAAAAGGUGAAAAAAUCUGACUGUGGAGAAUGGCAGUGGAGCGUAUGUGUGCCCACCAGCGGGGACUGUGGACUGGGCACCCGGGAGGGCACUCGCACUGGCGCUGAGUGCAAACAGACCAUGAAGACUCAGAGAUGUAAGAUCCCUUGCAACUGGAAGAAGCAGUUUGGAGCUGAGUGCAAAUACCAGUUCCAGGCUUGGGGAGAGUGUGACCUCAAUACCGCCUUGAAGACCAGAACUGGCAGUCUGAAGAGAGCUCUGCACAAUGCUGACUGUCAGAAAACUGUCACCAUCUCCAAGCCCUGUGGCAAACUCACCAAGUCCAAGCCUCAAGCGGAAUCAAAGAAGAAGAAAAAGGAAGGCAAGAAACAGGAGAAGAUGCUGGAUUAAAAGAUGCCACCUUCUGUGGACCAGGAAAAGGACAUCAGCAAACAGGAGCAGUUAACUAUUUCAUUUAUACCUACUGUAGGCUUUUUAUUCAAUAGUUAUCUGUAGCUUAAGUACGUGAUAGGCAAAAACAAAGAGAAAAAAAAAUGUUUUUGUAGUAGCAGUUUGUUUUUAAAUGUAUACCAUAGAACCAUAGGGAUUUAUAAUAAAGGACUGUAAUACUAUUUAGAAAGUUGAGACGUAGUACAUGAUAGGAGGUAGGAUUGAGGUAAGUUUUUUUUGUUUGUUUGUUUUGUUUUGGCUUGGUUUUUUGAAGUUAUGUGAUAUUUCACAUUUAAAUCUUUUUUUUAUUUUACAUUUUUCCCCUUGUGCAUCAAUUUAAAUGUUACAACCAUGUAAACUACUUCUCUUGUUAGAUAGAAUUUCACCUAGAAUUUUUUCCAAAUUCAGAAAAAAAAUACACACUAAAACAAGCAGCAAUAAAAUAUAAUCAUUCUAUUAGAGAGAAAUGCAUUGUUUUCUGCCAGGGGAUGUUUUUGUUGAGAGUUAGCAAAGUGAGAGGAGAGAGGCAGAGCAGUGAUGUAGUGAAAUGUUGAUCUUUGUUUUUUUUUAAGAAAAGGAUUAAAACAUGAAAUCCUUUUACUUUGGCAGAAAAACAUUUGUUUUCUUGAUGAAAUUAUUUUUACAUCUGAGGAAAAAAAUCUAGGAAAAUAAAUCAAAGUGAUGCUGAAUCAAA